AUGGACUUUUGUUAGAUAUAAGGCCAUGAAAAAGAGGAACUUUUAUAUGUUUGUAGCGAAUUAUAGUGUAUUGAAAUGAAUAAUAAUAAACUGAUAUGUUAAAAAUGUUUGUGUACACAUAGAGGAAUGAAUUAUAAUGGAUUAAGGGACCAGGCUAUUAAUAAUUAUAAUCAAUACACCCAAUUGUUGUAAAAUGAUAUUGAUGAAAAUGAAAACAUGAAAAAAAGCAUCGAGGAAUCUCUGAAAGAGUUAUAAGGAAAGAUUAUGAAAGUCCUUUCAAUUUUCUAAAAAAAUAUUUUCACUUUUAUUGAUCAAUAAAGUUAAAGAUUACGAACAAAUAAAUGUUAAGCAUAAUCAUUGAUGCAGGAUCAAAAUCCAUCACUUGACUCCUAUAUAUUUUUUGCUAAGUUUUCUGAUAAAAAGGCAAAAUAGAAAUAGGAAACCACAAAAUAACAAAUUAAAGCAAUUGUUACUGAUUUAAUAGAUGAUCUAAAUUAAAAAGUAGAAUAUCUCAAGUAGCCAGAUGUUAAUGAAUAUAAAAUUAUUGAAUUUGAACUACAAUCAUUUGAAAUAAAAUCAAUUUUAAAGAAAUAACUACCUUACAGCUAUUGCUAAGAACAUUACUCUAAUAAAACUUCAAUAUGCAUCAACACUAAAUGUUUAGAAUAAAAUAAUUUAGACUAUCAUUGUUUAAGAUGUAGCAAGACUUCUCAUGUCGAAGAUUUUAAAAAUGAUUAUUUAGUGGAAUAUGAUAAAUUGAAAAAGGAUUAGAAAAUAAUGUAAAAUAUUGUAGUGAAUAAAAAAUAAUGCAUUCAAGAAUAUGCUUAAAAAUUAGCAAAUAAUUUGAUAAAUCAAAUAAGAAUUGAGCAAAAAGAAUAAUAUUCAAAAUAUGAAAUAGCCAUAGAAAAUGUAAAAAGUCUUCAUUAGUAAUUUGAAAUUAAUUUAUCAGUUUAAGACACUAAAUAUGUGUUUGGAAAUUUAAUAUUAUAAUUUAUUACAUAAAAGUAAGAAAAAAUAGAAUUCGAAUUAAAUUAAGUAUAGUAAAAUUUUGAAGAAAAGUUAAAAUGGUGUUGUAAAAUGGAGAAGCAAAAAUUCUUAGAAUAGUGUGGAUUUUUAGAACAGAAAUAAGAUGAAAUUUUGAAACUUCAAAUUUGCUAAAAAGAAUUAAAAGAAGUAAUAGAUCAAAAGGAUUAAUUGCUAAAAAUUGCGGUUUCAGAAAAUAACUUAAAUUUGAUAUUAAAAAAUAUAGAGGAAAUUAAAAGAGAAAAAAACGAAAUUCAAAACUUAUAGAAAAUGAAUAAAAGUUUAUAGGAAUCAUUGGAUAAUCUAUAAAAAUAAAUUCAAAUUUAAUAGAAUACAAAUGAAAGUUUACAAAAAGAAAUUGAUAAUUCAAACAUAGAAAAAUUAAAUCUAAAAACAACAAAUGAAAUGUUAAAAUUGACUGUUGAUAAUCAAAAGAAAGAAAAUGAAAAUUUAAAGAAAGAAAAUGAAAAUUUAAAGAAAACCAAUGAAAGUUAAUAGUUGACUAUUGAUAAUUUAAAGAAAGACAAUGAAAAUUAUAACAAAACAAAUGAAAUUUAAAAAUUGACUGUUGAUAAUCAAAAGAAAGAAAAUGAAAAUUUAAAGAAAACCAAUGAAAGUUAAUAGUUGACUAUUGAUAAUUUAAAG